UCCUCAAACAAGAAAACUUUGUUUUUCUCCACAUUUCCUUUUAAUUUACCCUUUUUUCUCUUGGAAGAAAAGAAAUGCAUUUGGGAGAAAAUAUUGAUAGCCUUCGAGACCUGGAAGAAGAAGAGGAGGCACUUUCUCUCUGUGAGCUUCCGCUAGACAAUGAAGAGUAUGAUGAGAAAGGCGUGGGAAAGACAGUCACGCAAGGUCAGUUAUCGUCUGAGACGACGGAGUUCUUCAGCUUCCUCAGCGACCUCAGCAUUGAUAUGUGUCCGGCUGAUGAUAUUAUCUUCUGCGGUAAACUCGUACCGUUAAAAGAUCAACAUGUUGUUCAACCCCAAAAGAUUAGAAAUUCUUUUAAAGAUGAUAAGAAGUCAUCGUUCCGUUAUCGCAAGCGAUCGGAGUCUCUUUCCGACCUGCAAAGCACCGCCAUGUCUCGUUCAGACAGCAUGACGAGUGACAGGGUUUUGAGGAACAGUCGUUCUUUGGAUUAUCAGAAGCUUCACCGGAUGUUGAGCUCGAACUCAUCCUCCCCGGAUCCAUCAAUGGACCGGAAUUCAUCGGGGAGGAGCCUGGGAAAAUCCGAUGCCAAUAAAAAGGCGGUGAUGAAGCCACGUUGGUACGUACUCAUGUUUGGAAUGCUAAAAUUCCCGCCAGAAAUGGAGCUCAAGGAUAUCAAAAACCGGCAAUUCCGACGAAUUCCGGCCGUUAUGUUCCCUCCAGUACUGGAUGACUCCAAGAAGCCUCCCCCUAACCGGAGCUCCGGCAAGACGGCUUGGCGAUUCCUCAAGGCACUGAGCUGCAGGGAUCCAACUAGUAUCGAGACAACGCCGUCGUUUUGCAUGCCACAUGCGUAAGUUUUUGUCACGUGCUACAGAAGUUGUCCUAUUUACCCUCGUAUGUGUACAGAAGAUGGAAAGAGUAAAAGGGGUCUUUCGGUAAAAUCAUUAAAAAUCUGGAGUUUUAGAUCUACAAAACCAUCAUGGUCCUGAUUCAUGGCUUCACUUAGAAGGAAGGAUGAUGUACAGUGGCGGUGCAUGGGUGAUGAUGAAAGCCCACUGGGUCACCCUCAACAGGAUGCAUGAUUUUUUUUUUUGUUCUGAGUUUCUUGCUUUCUUUGUUUCUUUUAUUUAUUUUUUCUGGGUUUGUUAGGUGGGCAUAGAAUGAAUGAUAGUCACGAGACUUCCGACGGUGAAAUUAUAGAUCUUUGUUAUUUAUUUAUUUUUUUUUUGGGAUUUGGAUUUUUGUUUUUAUUUUUAUCUGGUAAUUGGUGGGUUUGAUUUUGAUAGAAUAUUUUUUACUAUAUAACAGAGAAUAUGUAUACAUGUAUGUAUGAGUUAUACGUACUUUUCCUUUAUAAAAUGAUUAUAUAUGU